UGACGUGUGCCUCCGGGCGGCCGGGGGCGCGCAUGCGCAGCCGGGCUCCGUGGCAGCGAGUGCCGGCGGCGGUCCUUUGACGUGGCACUUCCCCAGCUGCUGGACAGAGCAUUGCACCGACAGCAAGCCGGCUGGGGCAAUAACCGGACACCCCAGUCAAGCAACAACCGGCACCCACUCACCGCAAGGUUUCUUAAGGAUCCAAGGAAUGAGAAUAUUUUAAAUAAAAAUGAGUCAACAAGGAUAUAUUACCACACCACCUUAUUCUCAAAGUCAGCCUGGAAUGGGAGGAUAUCCAACUGCAUGUGGUUCAGCAAAUUCACAGCCUCAUUAUGGCCACUUUGGUGGAACAGGGCUACUGAAACCAGCAUCUUCACCUCAUGAGCCAGCAGUUUCUGCUGGCCGUUCACCAUCUUCUCCAGCACAAUUUGGUCAAAAUAACCUCCAGAAUGGAAUAUAUAAUCCUGGAAACCAAAUACCAAGCUAUGCAGUUUCUUCCCCAAGCAGUGUUCAGACUCCUUCCUUCCAAUCCCAUGGCUUCCACACACAAUCAGUCUACCAGAAUACUGCCCCACCUGCACUCACACAGCAAGUCAUUGGUCAAAUGGGUACCAUGAAAAUAAGUGGCUAUGGCUCUUCUCAAGCACCUCCACAAGGUGAUCCUUCACUGGCUGGACCACCCCUCCAGCCUUCGUUCCAAGGAUCUCAGCCACAGCACCGUUUGCCACCUAUUUCUUCUCCUCCAGCUCAAGGAACACCUGUUACACCAGCUGUCCCAGUAGCUUCAAUGUUCCCUGGAGGGGCUGCAGGAAUAAAUGUUAGUCAUCCUGGAAUGAAUCAAGGUGGUGUUGGUUUCCAGCAGGCUCCAGGUCAGCCUCCCAUGGUUGGAUACUUACAGCAGCAAGCAGGUAUAUAUGGAGGGCAGCAAAGGGGAGUUCAGUCAAAUUAUCCUGGAACUUAUCCUGGGGCACCAGCAACUGGUGCACAGCUUGUGGGACCUCAACAGAAGAAACUGGACCCUGAUUCCAUUCCUAGCCCGAUCCAGGUCAUAGAAGAAGAUAAACUUCGACGAUCGGGACAGCUCUUUGCUACAAACACUAGGGGCCAAGUUCCUCCACUCGUUACCACUGAAUGUGUUGUACAAGAUCAAGGAAAUGCAAGCCCUCGUUUCAUCCGCUGUACAACCUACUGCUUUCCAAACACAGCAGACAUGGCCAAGCAGUCACAGAUCCCUUUGGCAGCCGUCAUCAAGCCUUUUGCAGACAUCCCAGCAAAUGAGGCACCAAUCUGUGUUGUGAACCAUGGAGAAACUGGACCCAUUCGCUGUAAUAGAUGUAAGGCCUACAUGUGUCUAUUAAUGCAGUUCAUUGAAGGCGGACGAAGGUACCAGUGUGGAUUCUGCAGCUGUGUCAAUGAAGUCCCUCCAUUCUAUUUUCAACACUUGGAUCACAUGGGCAGAAGGUUGGAUCAAUAUGAGAAGCCAGAGUUGUCUCUUGGAUCGUAUGAAUUCAUGGCUACAUUAGAUUACUGCAAAAACAGCAAGCCUCCUAAGCCACCAGCCUUCAUAUUCAUGAUAGAUGUUUCGUACAGCAGCGUCAAAAUUGGUUGUGUCAAACUAAUAUGUGAGGAGCUUAAGACCCUGCUGGAUAAGUUACCAAGAGUAGAUCAGGCAGAGACUUCUGCCAUUAGGGUCGGCUUUGUCACUUACAACAAGGUUCUACACUUCUACAAUCUUAAAAGCAGUCUUGCACAGCCACAGAUGUUAGUAGUGUCAGAUGUUGGAGAGAUGUUUGUUCCUCUUCUGGAUGGCUUCCUUGUCAGUGUCCAGGAAUCGCGAAAUGUCAUAAACAAUUUAUUGGACCAGAUCCCUGAAAUGUUUGCUGAAACUAGUGAAAGUGAAACAGUUUUUGCCCCAGUAAUCCAGGCUGGGCUGGAAGCAAUGAAGGCCGCAGAAUGUCCUGGGAAAUUAUUUAUAUUCCAGUCAUCUCUGCCCACAGCUGAAGCUCCAGGAAAACUGAGAAACAGAGAUGACAGGAAGCUGGUGAAUACAGAUAAGGAGAAGGUACUUUUUCAAUCACAGUCAAAUUUUUAUGAAACUUUGGCAAAGGACUGUGUAGCCAACAGCUGCUGUGUAGAUGUGUUUCUGUUCCCAAAUCAAUUUGUGGAUGUCUCAACUAUGGGGGUCGUGCCACUGGCUACUGGUGGUAGUUUGUACAAAUACAACAAUUUCCAGAUACAGCUUGAUGGUGAACACUUCUUGACUGAUCUAAGAAAGGAUGUACAGAAGUCAAUAGGGUUUGAUGCCAUCAUGAGGGUCAGGACAAACACAGGCUUCAGAGCAACUGAAUUCUUAGGCUCCAUGUGUAUGAACAACACAACUGAUGUGGAAUUGGCUGCCAUUGACUGUGAUAAGGCAAUCACAGUGGAGUUCAAACAUGAUGAUAAACUCAGCGAAGAGAAUGGAGCCUUAAUCCAGUGUGCCCUACUGUACACUAACGUUGCUGGGCAGAGACGCUUGCGCAUCCAUAACCUGGCUCUAAACUGCAGCUCUCAGCAUGCUGAUUUGUACAAGAGCUGUGAGACAGAUGCACUCAUCAAUUUUUUUGCCAAAUCAGCUUACAAAGCCAUUCUAAGCCAACCACUGAAGACUGUUAGAGAGAUUCUGGUUAAUCAAACUGCUCAUAUUCUGGCUUGUUACAGGAAGAAUUGUGCGAGUCCCUCAUCAGCUGGGCAGCUCAUCCUUCCAGAGGCCAUGAAGUUGCUGCCUGUCUACAUGAACUGUCUCCUGAAGAAUUUUGUUUUACUCGGGAAUCCUGAUGUUGCUACAGAUGAGAGAACCUUUCAGCGGUUGCUGGUUACUUCAAUGGAUGUGGUUGGCACACAGUUCUUUUUCUAUCCAAGGCUCAUUCCCAUCCACAAAAUGGAUGUAAACAGUGAAGACAUUCCGGCAGCUGUCCGUUGCUCAGAGGAACGUUUAGAAGAUGGAGGAAUAUUUUUAUUGGCAAAUGGAAUAAAUAUGUUUCUGUGGCUGGGAUUGAACUCACCACCUGAACUGAUUCAAGGCAUUUUUAAUGUACCCUCCUUUGCACAUAUCAACACUGAGUUGACAAAAUUACCGGAACUGGACAACCCAUGUUCAAAGAAGAUUAGGAUGAUCAUUGACAAUAUAAGAAGCCAGAGCCCUUAUUCCAUGAAACUGAUAAUAUUAAAGCAAAAAGAAAAAUCAGAGGGGAUUUUCAGGCAGUUCCUAGUAGAAGAUAAAGGGAUCCAUGGAGGAGCUUCUUACGUGGAUUUCCUCUGUUAUGUACACAAAGAAAUCCGUCAACUUCUCACCUAA